CUGGCUGGCUUCUUACCUGACAGCUGGGGUACCUAUGAUGAUUUUUCUCAAGAACCAACAAGAAGGCGACGGUUAUUACUACUGUUUUCCAGUUUUCACUAAUGAUAAAUAUAGAAUUGCUUACAAAAUCUACCUUGUCGUGUUGUUCAUUGCUGUGCCUGUAGUUUUGCAAUUCGUGUGCUCGCCAAAGAUGGAAUUUAUGCGAAAUCUUUCAAGACAAACACUUUGCAAUGGAAAGCCUUAAAAAAGCGUCUUCAUCAGAAGAGGCGUCUUGUCAGAAUGUUAGUGGUGCUUAUGGUAGGUUUUCAGUUGUGUUACCUUCCCCGCGCAAUGGUAAUGCUGAUGAGCGAGUUCGUCCCUGAUUUGAUUACCAGGCCUUGGUUUAUGUACGUGGAACUGAUAACGCUCGCCAUGUUUUACCUCAAACACGUUAUUAGCCCGUUGAUACUCUGCGUUAUGAGCGAUGAUUUUCGGGCCGGGUGCUUCACCAUUUGUUGCGCUAGCGAGGGUCACGAGUCCUCCAGGCAGGAAGUCCCAGCUGUUCCUCAAGCUAUCGAAUAA